GCAAAUGCACUGGCCGAACUCCGUGCUGCCAGAAAGGCCGGCAAGACAAACUUCUCGUCCUACGAGGUCCAGGACGAAGAACAACUUUACGAAACCGUCGACGAGGACAGCUACAAGAAGAUUGUCAGAAAGAGACUCGAUCAGGAUGACUUUGUCGUCGACGACAACGGCGAAGGAUAUGCAGACGACGGCCGUGAAGACUGGCAGAACGAACAACGACAAGAUUAUGAUGAUGAGAGUGACGAUGACCUGCCCACGAGGAGCCAGGCUGACGCGCAGAAAAAGGACAAGAUCAACAAGGGCAUCAGCAAGUACUUCAACGCAAACCCUACUGUAGCUGCACCAAAGCCCAAGCAGGCUUCGACCGCCGAAGAUGCCGCUUUCAUGGCCGACCUUCUCGGUGAGGUCAAUGCCAACAUUCCCUCAUACAAGCCUAGAUCGACCAUGAACCCCGUCAAGUCCGAGACCCGCCGCAAGACCAGAGUCCUGUCACCGCCCGUUCAACAGAUGAGCCAUGUCCCCACAUACGAACCGCGAACCCGCAAACUCGAAUCUCCGCCAGCACCAGUCGACGACGACACGUAUUUCCCAAUGGACGAAGGUCUUUUCCCACCACCUGAAGACAACGACGUGCCAAUGAGCGAUCCUCUUCCUUCAUCCCCUGUCGCAAAGGCUGCGCAACGAAAAGAGUCAAACGUAAAGGUCGAGGAAGACGACGACGAAGACAUGCUCGAGGUUGCUCAAGUCACGAAUCAGUCUUCUCGAAGCACAGCCGCCAUCAACAUGCGUGGAAACAGACCAAUUCCAAAGAUUACAAAGACCGACUACCCAACGCCCGCAAGCUCUUCUCCUUCACGGCAGGUCCCUGAAGCUAUCGAUACAUCGGCGUUGACAAAUGUCACCGACAAAUUGAAUGUCUUGAGCAGUUCUGGUGUAGAGACUGUCACUUUCGGCAAAUUGGACCCUCAGCAUGCUCAAGAGGAGGAUGGCAGUGUGCGCUUCUUCUGGUUCGACUACACUGAGAUCAAUGGCAGUCUCUGUCUUUUCGGCAAGGUCAAGGACAAGUCUACUGGUCGAUUCGUCAGUGCCUUUGUCAAGGUUGACAACGUCAUGCGCAAACUCUUCUUCCUUCCCCGCGAAUACCGUAGGAAGCAAGGUCGUGAGACAGAUGAAGAGGUUGAGAUGGGCGAUGUUUAUCAAGAGGUGGAUGGUCUCAUGUCCAAGUUCAAUGUCAACAUGCACAAGAUCAAGCCAUGUUCGAGGAAAUACGCAUUCGAGUUGCCAGACAUACCGAAAGAGGCCGACUAUCUGAAGCUGCUUUAUCCAUACGACAAGAACCCUUUGCCCAUGGACAUACAAGGAGAGACCUUCUCGCACGUCUUUGGUACCAACACUGCGCUUUUCGAACAGUUCGUUCUCUGGAAGAAUAUCAUGGGACCUUGUUGGCUCAAAAUUGAUGCGAGCAGUAUCAACUUCAAUGCUGUCAAGAACGCUUCCUGGUGCAAGUUGGAGAUGCUCGUCGACAAACCUCAAGGCAUGUCAACUCUUGGAGAUACUGACAACCUUGACGCUCCACCAUUAACAUUGAUGAGCAUUGCUCUCAGGACAAAGUUGAACGAGAAAGACAACAAGCAGGAGAUCUUACUGGCCAGUGCUCGUAUCUACGACAGCAUGUCUUUGUCAGACACGACAGCUCCAGAGAAACUUCCUUGCAAGACAUUCACAGUCAUGCGUCCGAAUGGUCCAGAUUACCCUGUAGGAUUCAAGACAGACGCCGAGAAAUACCGAGGUAACAUCCAAUGCGAGAGGAGCGAGGGUGCACUUCUCAGCAAGUUCCUAGCCUUGCUUGAUCGUAACGAUCCGGAUGUUUUGAUCGGCCACAGACUUGACGAUGUCGACUACACGCUCUUGCUCAACAGAAUGAGAGAGUGCAAAACCCCUGGAUGGCACCGCAUCGGAAGACUGAAGCGUCAUGACUGGCCCAAGAACAUUGGCAAAGGUGGUGGCAGUUUCUUUGUCGAGAGACAGCUGGCUGCUGGAAGAUUGCUCUGUGACUUGGGCAACGACAUGGGCAAGUCUCUGAUGACAAAGUGUCAGUCCUGGAGUCUGGAUGAGAUGUGCGAUCUUGUUCUUGGCGGCGAGAACAAGCGUCGUGAUAUCGACAAUGAUGUAUUGCUCAAAAUGGCUACCAACAGAGCCGGUCUGAUGCAGUACAUCAAGCUCACCGAAGCAGACACAUUCUUCAUUGCUGCCAUUGCUUUGAAAGUCCAGAUGCUUCCCNUCACCAAAGUCCUCACGAACUUGGCUGGAAACUCAUGGGCUAGAACACUGAGUGGUACCCGUGCUGAACGUAACGAAUACAUUUUGCUCCACGAGUUCCACAAGAACAAGUACAUCUGUCCUGACAAGAUUUGGGGCAAAGGUAAAGCCAAGUCUGAUGAGGACAACCCUGAAGGAGAUGAGGGGGCGGAUGCAAAGAAGAAGGACAAGUUCAAGGGUGGUCUGGUCUUUGAGCCCGAAAAGGGUUUGUAUGACAAGUUUAUCCUGGUCAUGGACUUCAACUCGCUGUACCCCAGUAUCAUCCAGGAGUACAAUAUUUGCUUUACCACGAACGAAGAUGAGGAAAAGGUUCCCGAGGUCCCAUCGGAUACCAAUAACAAGGGUAUCCUUCCCCGACUGAUUAGAACACUCGUCCACCGCCGUCGUGAAGUCAAGAAGCUCAUGAAAGACAAGACCGCCACUUCUGACCAACUCGCAACCUGGGAGAUCAAGCAGAUGGCUUUGAAGUUGACUGCCAACUCCAUGUACGGAUGUUUAGGUUACACCAAGUCAAGAUUCUACGCUCGUCCUCUUGCCAUGCUCACCACCUACAAGGGUCGUGAAAUUCUGCAAUCGACCAAGGAUCUGGCAGAGUCUGCUCAUGGUCUGAGAGUCAUCUAUGGUGACACCGAUUCAGUCAUGGUCAACACCAACGUCGACAACAUCAUGGAUGCCAUGAAGAUUGGAAACGACUUCAAGAAGAGCGUCAACGAGCGAUACGAACUUCUCGAGAUUGACAUUGACAACAUCUUCCGCCGUCUGCUCCUGCACGCAAAGAAGAAGUAUGCUGCAGUCAACAUGAUCGAAAAGGAUGGCAAGUGGAUUGAUAAACUGGAAGUCAAGGGUCUUGACAUGCGCAGAAGAGAGUACUGCGCAUUGAGCAAGGAUACCUCAACCGAGCUCUUGAACUUCCUGCUAUCGGGUGAAGAUCCUGAAACUGUCGUCUCCCAGAUUCACGAUCAUCUCAGGGAAGUCGCUUCGCAGAUGCGUGCCAACACCAUCCCGCUCCGCAAAUACACCAUCUAUACCCAGUUGGGAAAGAAUCCCAAGGAGUAUCCCAAUGGAAACAGCAUGCCUUCUGUGCAGGUUGCAUUGAAACUGAUGGCCAAGGGCAAGCACGUCAAGGCCAAGGAUGUCAUGUCCUACAUCAUCUGCAACGACUCCUCUGGCAGCGCGGAAAAAGCAGCAAAGAAUGCUUUCCCCGUGGAUGAAGUCCUGCGUGCUGAGAACGAACUCAUACCUGACAUCGAUUAUUAUCUGCAUAAGCAAAUCUUGCCGCCGGUCGAACGUCUUUGCGCUCCCAUUGAAGGCACUAAUGUUACUUUGCUUGCUGAAUGCUUAGGCCUCGAUACCACCAAGUACCGCGUCAGCAGUGCUAGCGGCGGAAACUCCUACAACGCCGAGACUGAAAUCCAUCCCUUGGAAUCGCAGGUCCCGGAUGAGAUUCGCUUCAAGGACUGUGCUCCACUGGGCCUUAUGUGUCUUGCCUGCCGCACACCAUUCCAAUUCCGCGGUCUGGGUGUUGCCGCGUCUCCAGAUGCUGAGACCAGACUUGCAGUUGUGGACACCGAUGGCUUGCACUGUCCAGCCGACCCUUGCGGAAACCUAAUGUCGCAAUUGGCCAUGGCUGCCCAACUCGAAUCGCAGAUCCGCGCACACUGCGCGCAAUACUAUGCAGCCACACUCGUUUGCGACGAAGCCACUUGUGGUCACCGCACACGCCAGAUGAGCGUCUACGGUACACGCUGUCUAGGUCCCCGCGGUCUUGCUUUUGGCUGCACAGGGCGCAUGCAACUCGAAUACACAGAGAAGCAACUGUAUAACCAAUUACUGUUUUUGCAGCGAUGCUUUGACGUUGAAAAGACUUUGCAGGAACAGGCAAAGAGGAAGACUGAAGAGGCGGAGAGGGUGGGUGUGUUGGCUGAGAUGUUAAGAGCGAGGUUUGGGGUGCUGAGGGGUGUUGUAGAGGGGUAUCUUGAUAGGAGUGGGUGGGGAUGGGUCAGUAUGGAUGGGUUGUUUGGGUUUGCGCUCAAGGCUUUGUCA